GGCUGCUAAGAGAGAAACCCUACAGCGAAAGUCAUCCUUCGCGGAAACGACGCCGUUUCAUAGUAGCUUAAGCUCGCAUCAGGAGGUUUCACUUCUUUGUAUCGAAUUCAAGAAUCUUCCUGUGCAAUAACGAUGGCUAAGAGGUUCACAACACAGCUCUUCGUCAGCAGACUAUCUGGUUACACAACAGAUCAAUCGCUAAGGCAGCUGUUUUCACCCUUUGGUCAGAUUAGAGAAGCUCGUCUUAUUAAGGAUUCGCAAACACAGAGACCUAAAGGUUUCGGCUUUGUGACUUUUGAGUCUGAGGAUGAUGCACAAAAGGCAAUGAAAGCUUUCGAUGGCAAGAUAGUUGAUGGCAGAUUGAUAUUUGUAGAGGCUGCGAAAGAAGAACCACCAACAACUGAUGUGAACACACAGGGUCAUUACAAAACGAGUUAAGACUCUUCACCAAAAUCAUUUUACACUGUUGCAUUUCGAAAGAGUGACAGAUCUUAAAUUCCAUUUCAUUUUAAGAAUGUAUAAUCAAUUCUCAUGUAAACCUCCUUUAGGUUGGGCAUAUUUGACUCUAAUGUGUUAACUAGUAAAAAUAAUUUGUUUGAAUGUCUUUUAUGAA